CAGUGGGGUAUCUAGUGGCGGCCUUCUUCGUUGCACGCUUUUCGAAGCGACAUGGGAGUCUGAGAAGUCAUGAUCUGAGUUCUUGGUCAGCAGCGAAUGGCAAACGCCCCCUCGACCUCAAGGUUGAAGCCGUACGGAAUUUUCCAACGCCGAUGUCGUUCCGCAAGCUAAGUGUCAUUCCGGUUUGUGCCUCUAGUCUAGAGUAUAGGCUAAGCCAGACGAUUGUGACUUUUCAGUUUCGAGUUGCCCUCUUUGAAGGGACCCAGGGACCUUUCCAAGUUUCCGUUCGAAGAACCAGGAAAGAUGAUUUCCCAAGACGAGUGCUGACCACAGAACUUGGAAAAGAAUCAGGACUUGCUGGUGCCGAAGAGUGUACCACUAAAGACGGCGUCAGUGAGGUCCUCACAGCAUUGCAGAGCGAUACGUAUUAUCUCACGGGUACAACGAACACGAGCCGGGAGACUUGCUACUACGUGACUGCUACAGAGUCAUUGGAUGCGUGUCAGCCUGGGACUCAAGUAACCUACGGGUAUAAAGACCACAGAAAAUGGGUUAACUUCACAGGCGUGGUCAGUGGCACGGGGAAAGUAUUCCCUUCGGAUAUUCAUGGGCCACUGUGUGGAACGACAGUUGAGGCUCGCGGCGAAAACUGCUUCACUCUCCGUAACAAUAAUGCCACUGAGAUGUGGGUUACGAAAAAACUCGUUGACACUCCACCAUCAUGCUGCAAGGAAGUCUUGCGAAGCAAAAGAUACCAGACGACAUACGAACAUGAAGUCUGCUGAAGACGCCUUGAGUCGAAUACUUCUACGCGAUGUCUACCUCAAUAAAAUUUCCAAAAUAUA